AAGAUGGCGCCGGCUGCGGUUUGAAUUCCAGCGGCGCCGCCGGAGCCCGGACGAGACCUGGGCUGGAGGGGGCGGGACUGGGGAUCGGCGCCGGCCGCCACGGCCGCGGCCCCCCGGCGCCCGGGACCACCGCGCCGCCGCCGGCCGGGCCUUCCAUGGCCUCGGGCUCGGACGAAGACGCCGGUCUCCCCGCGACGCGCCGCGGCUGCAGCGGCCUUGUUCCCGGUCUGCCGGACAACCUGGGGGACGUCAGCGCCACUGCCGCUCUGGGGAAUGGUGUGCUCCCAAGGGUGUCAGAAGAAACAGUGUCUCCCACCAGAGCACGGAACAUGAAGGACUUUGAACAUCAAAUUACUGAGUUGAAGAAGGAGAAUUUUAACCUAAAGCUUCGCAUCUAUUUCCUGGAGGAAAGAAUGCAGCAGGAGUUUGAUGGCCCCACUGAGCACAUCUGUAAAACCAACAUUGAGCUCAAGGUGGAAGUGGAGAGUCUGAAGCGGGAGCUCCAGGAGAGAGACCAGCUGCUCCGGAAGGCCUCCAAGGCUGUGGAGAGCCUGGCCGAAGGAGGGGGCUCGGAGCUGCAGCGCGUGAAGGACGAGGCCCAGAAGCAGGUGCAGCAGGUGGAGGAGCUGCUGACGCAGAGGAUCCGCCUUCUCGAGGAGGAUGUGAAAACCUCCCAAGCAGAACUGGAAAAGGCCUUUGCAGCGACGAAAACGGAGAUGACGCUUCGGCUGAACUUGGAAAACAAGCUGGCGGAGACGCAGCAGCUGCGCCAGGGGGACCUGGACAUGGCUCGGGCCCUGGAGCAGAAGGACAGGCUGAUUGAGGAGUUGGAGCUGUCGUUGAAGAGCAAAGACGCCUUGAUUCAGAGCCUGAAAGAGGAGGCCUCUCAGGCCCCCGAUGGGAACGCGCCAUCCGGAGACCCUCGAGGCCUUCCUGCUGCUUUGAGGGAAGAAAAGUGCCGGGAGAGUGAGGCGGCACAGAUGGACCUCCAGGAGGAGAGAAAGCGCCUGCAAGGGCAGAUUCAGGCACUUCAGGAGGACCUGAGAGAGAAGGGAAGAGAAAUUGCGACAGAAAAGAAAAAUAGUUUCAAGCGGGAUAAAGCCAUUCAGGGUCUAACCAUGGCAUUAAAAUCAAAGGAAAAAGAGGUUGGAGAACUUACCUCUGAAAUCGAAGAGCUCAAGGUGGCCUUCGCCAGAGCCCGGGAGGCCGCGCAGCAGUCAGAGGCCGCGAAGCUGCAGGGCUCGGAGGGCUACGAGGCGGCGCUGUUAGAAAAGGCAGCUCUCCUGACCGAGCUGCGCUCGGAGAACCUCAGCAAGAACACGGAGAACCAGAAGCUGCGUCGGAGCAUCAAGAAGCUCACGCAGGAGCUGUGCGACGUGCAGCAGGAGCGGGGCCGGCUGGAGCGGGAGCUGGAGGAAGCCCUGGGCGAGAAGAGCAGAGCGGAUGACACCAUUCACGACCUCCGAAGUGAAGUUGAGAAACUACGCAGUGAGGCCAAGGAAAGAGAGAGAGCCACGGAGAAGCGGCACAAGAGCCCUUUGGGUGAAGGUCAGCAGAAGCUGCCGGACCCCGAGCAGGAUACGGGGCGCCUCCCGGAAAGUGCCCGUCAGAAGGACCUCAUGCUUCAGGAAAAGCAGCAGUUAGACUACGAGGAGCUGAUGCAGGUCUUAAAGAAAGAGCAGGCCGUCUACGCCCACCUGGUCAGGUCUCUGCAGGACUCGGGCAGUCUCAGCAGCCUGCAGGCCGAGCUGGACCACGUUUCGGCCUUGCGGACGCAGCUGGAGCAGGACGUGCUCUCCUACCGGAACCUGAGAAGGACGCUGGAGGAGCAGAUCAGUGAGAGCCGGCGGCGGGAAGAAGAGUCGUUCUCCUUUUAUAGCGACCAAACAUCUUACCUGAGUAUCUGCCUCGAGGAGCACAGUCGGGUGCAGGUGGAGCAUUUCUCUCGAGAAGAACUCAAGGAAAAGGUCAUCAGCCUCAUUCAGCUCGUGAAGGAGCUGUACACGGACAACCAGCACCUGAAGAAGACCAUUCUUGACUUCUCCUGCCUGGCUGUCCCCGGAGAUGAAGAGUCAGCCUCGCAGGCGGAGCUUCCGGCUAGCAAGGAGGACGAGGACACGAUUGGAAGUGAAGAGGAUGUCGAGACUAACUUCCCGAGUGAACAGAAUUUAGAGCCGAAUUCGGAGCAGAGCAAUGAGUCCAUCUAUGGAACCAAGCGCUUUCAUUCGCAGAGCACGGCGGACCAUUCUGAGGGGGGCUGCAAAAACGGAUACUUCCGGCACACGGAUCCCAUGGUUUCGGACAGCAGAGGCGCCCGCAAACCUCGAGACCAGAGUCUGGAAGAAGGCCAGCUGCUGACCCUGGUUGCCCCUUUCUUCAACGAGAAGGCCGUGGCGUUCCUGGAGUCCAGGCCGGAGCUGCUCGAGGUGCUGUGGGACCUGCUGCUGCAGCAGAUGUGCCUCAUCGAGCAGGAGCUCCUGGGGGAACGGCUCGACGGCAAGGCCAGGAGGAGCCUGAAGCAGAUGGCCGCCCGGCUCCAGGGCGAGCUCGGCCGUGUGGCCCGCCCCGGCGCGCUCUCCCGGCUGCACGGCGCUCGGAAGUCGCUUCUCGGAGCCCCCCGACCCAAGGCGGAGCUGAAGGACGCCUCGGCGCAGACGGUGGCCAUGGAGGGCGACGCGCCCCGCUUCCGACACGAGGGCCGGAGAGAGGCGUGGGACGAGAAGCCGCCCGAGGCCCCCUGCAGCGCCGAGCACCCGCCCGAGCACGAGCACCUGCACAGGAUGCCGCGGCGGCAGAAUUCGAAGAAGUCCCGCCUGCCCGUCCCCGUCAAGACGUCCCGCUCACUGGGGAGCAUGUACCGGCUCCCGGGCACGCAGCGCCUGGUGGCCCAGCUGCAGGCCCAGGUCUUGGAGCUGCAGGGGGAGCUGAAGGAGUUUAAGAUCCGCAACCGGCACCUGCACCAGAAGCUGAUCCUGGCCGAGGCGAUGAUGGAGGGGAGGCGGGCCGCCGACCAGCCGCUCCCGAAGGGCCAGCCCUUUGUGGGCGCAGCGUACCAGGAGAGCCCAGGAGAGCAGAAAGGACUCACCACCGCACCCUCUGUCUGGACGGACAAGGCAGCGGACGAUGGUCAGCAGUCCAGCCACGAGACGGACCCUGAGACUCGCCAGCCCGACGGCCUUCCCCUCUCUCUGGUGCGCAGAGAGACGCCCUCCCCAGACCUUUCCGACCCGACUUCCGCCGGGACCUCCGUGGACUGUCAGAGCCAGCGCUCCGUCACCGGCAGCGGGACCGAGGGCUUGGACGCCUCGGAGGACACGGCCGCCCUGAAGCGGAAGAUCUCGGACCUGGAGGCGGAGAACGAGGCCUACCGGCACUUCCUCUCCCAGCUGCGGAAGCGCGCGCAGUGCAGCGAGGCCAUCAUCACCGUCCUGCAGGACGGCGCCGGCAAGCCCGCGGGCAGCGCCGACGAGGAGGAAGUGACCUUCUCCAGUCUGCACCGCGUGCACUACGUGAAGCAUAUGCAGAUCCUCCACCCGCUGCCCCCCGAGAUGAUGGACCAGGACGGGGUGCUGGAGGGCCUCCAGCAGCAGCUGGCGGAGCAGGACUGCGCGCUGCCCCGGGAGCCGAAUUUGAACUUGGAGUUAUUCGGUGAGAUCCGUCACCUGCCCAACAAGUUCCAAGAUCUCUCUCCAUCCAGCUACGAUUCAUUAGUUCAGUCCCAAGCCAGGGAGCUCUCCCUUCACCGACAGCAGAUCAAAGAUGGCCGUGGCAUCUGUGUCAUCUAUCGUCAACACGUGAACGCCAUGAUUAAGGCAUUCAAGGAGCUGCUGCAGGCGAGCGAUGUGGAUUAUUUUGUGGCCGAGGGUUUCCAGGAACAGCUGAAUCAAUGUGCCGAGCUGCUCAAGAAAUUAGAAGCGCUGUUUUUCACUGGUAAAUCAGCGGAAGCGGAAAUGAACCCCCAGAACGAAGAGCUCGAGAGGGUUGAAGAGGCCAGUGCCACCUACCAGCUCCUCCUGCCCGAGUCUCCCGGACCUUCCGUGUCUCGCGCCCUGUCUGACUGUGACCUGUCGGAGGAGUCGUCGUCCUCGCCAGCCCAGAAGGCAGACAGCGAGAUGGAGAGGACUUCUGUGGGGGCCAGCACUCUUCUUUCUCAGGACUUACUAAUGAAGCACAUACAAGAAAUCCGAAGUUUGAGGAAACGUCUAGAAGAAUCUAUUAAAACAAAUGAGAAGCUACGGAGACAGCUGGAACGGCAAGGGUCCGAAGCCGAUCAAGGUUCCACCAACGUUUGUGCUUAUGGUUCGGAGCUGCACAGUUCUCUGACAUCAGAAAUUCAUUUCCUGCGGAAGCAGAACCAGGCCCUCAAUGUCAUGCUGGCCAAAGGAUCCAGAGACAAACAGAAGGAGAACGAAAAGUUGCGCGAGUCCCUCUCCAGGAAGACGGCGAACUUGGAGCGCCUCCAGGAGGACUUUGCCUGGCUCCAGGGCGAGAAGGAGCGGCUGCAGGAGGAGCUGGGCGAGCGGGAGCGGCAGAACCAGCAGCUGCUCCAGGAGGCCCAUCACAGCCGCCUUGAGCUGCGCCGGGUGCAGGAGGAGGUGGAGCUGAGGCAGCACCUGCUCUCUCAGAACGACAGGCUGCUCCAGGCCCUCCGCGUGGAGCUGAAGGUGUACGAGAAGCUGGACAAGGAGCAGCGGACGGCGCCAAAAGAGACCAGAGCCGAGGCGGCGGGAGAAGGCCGGAGGGGGCAGGACGGCCUCGCGGACCUGCCCGGCCUCCUGACAGAGAUCCAGGCUCUGCGGGCGCAGCUGGAACGGAGCAUCGAGACCAACCGCACGCUGCAGGGCCGGCUGGAGCAGCAGCUGGCACAGGCGCCGAGGGAGGCCCCCGGAGCCGCCCGCUCGGCCACCCUCCCGGCCCUGUCCGGCCCCGAGCAGCCCCGGCAGCCGGACACACACGGUGGCGACAGCUAUCCUGGCCCCAUGGUGACUGAUCCUUCAUAUGAUCUGUUUGAUUCCAGCGUGGCCGUGCCGUCCAGAUCAGCUUCUGAGGCACCUUCGCUCCCCGGAAACGACGUGGACGCCCUCUCCGGCCAUAGCGGCAGCUCGGCCACCAGUGCCACACCCCUGUCCCCGGCAGUGCCCGGCCAGUGCCCGUGGGCCAGCCAGGAGGGCCACCACGUGCUGGGCCUGCUGGAGGACUACGAAGCCCUGCGCACACAGAUUGGCCAGGGCCAGAGGCUCCUGGCCGAGAUGGACAGUCAGAUCCAAGAAGCCCCCAGCCCCUCCGGCCGAGAGCCGGGAGCCAAGACUCCUCGACCUGUGCCCACCGGCCACCUUAUCACCUACGUGAGCACGGCCAGGCUGGUUCUGGAAAAGGCCGCGAAGUCGCUGACACUCUUCUGGAGGGUCUCGCUCCCCGCCAGUGGCCACUGCCAGCAGGGCGGGGAGAAGGCGGAGAUCUCCAGGCUGCAGAGGAAACUGUUGGAGCAAGAGAGGAAGUUGCAGAGCACCGUGAAGCACCUGCAGCUGAGCAAGCACCAGGAGAGGCUCAUCUUUGACCAGCUGGUGGUCACCCACAAGAUCCUUCGGAAGGCCCGGGGCAACCUGGAGCUCCGGCCAGGAGGAGCCCACGCGGGAACGCCCAGUCCCAGCAGACCCGGCUCCUGAGGACAGUCGCAGCCAAUAAAGCCUGUGCUUCCCCCACCAGGCGCUGCCUCUGCGUCAGCGAGCGGGGGAGAGGGAGAGAGGGCGUGUCUGUGGAGGAACCCGCACCCGUGUCCCUCUCGGCUGCUCUCCGGGGUCCCUCGAAGGGCCUUGGGGGACGCCGCGGGCCUUCACACUCCGGGUCUCCCACCUCUGGAGCUGAGGGGUCCUGCCCUCAGUGAGUUGCUGUUGGGGGUGGGGGGCGGCGAGGGUGUCACCGCCCACCCGGUUUGCCCUCUGUGCAGCCAGCCCUGCAGUUUGAGAAUU